AUGGCGUCGUCCUCCUCUGCUGUGAGCAAGCGCGGCGGCGGCGGCGACUCGGGAGGCGUGCUGGCCGCGAUCUCGCGGUCGGCGGUGGCGCAGCACGGGCGCGACGCGGCGGCGGUGGCGGGCAAGCUGCUGCGGAGCACGGGCAAGGCGGCGUGGAUCGCCGGGACCACCUUCCUGGUGCUGGUGGUGCCGCUCAUCAUCGAGAUGGACCGCGAGCAGCAGAUGGUCGACCUCGACCUCCAGCAGCAGGCGCUCCUCGGCGCGCCGCCCACGCCGUCCCUCGCCAAAUAAACUCCGUCCUCUCCUUCUCCGUCGGCUCCGAAUGGUUUCUUCCGUCUCCGUCUCCGUCGGGUUCUUUUCGUGUUAUUAUCAUCAUAAAGUUGUCGAGGAUUUUAUCACUAGCCUGUGUUAUUGAGAAGAAAGAGUUUGUGGUAUGAUGUGUGCUAUGCUAAACUGCUUCUGCUUGGUACUAUCUGAAUAUCUCGAGGUUGUCUUGUCUUGAACUA